AAACACGUCAUCGUUUCGCUGGUGACGUGGCCGCCGGAGGAGCCUUCCAGGUUGGGAGAACCUGCUCUGCCCUGAGUUCCUCCGUUGAAUGAACAUACCUGUGGCCUGCGAGAACGUUCACCUGCACCAGGAGCCAAACGCGCCUCUGUGGAUCCUGCUGCUCCGUUUGGGCUUUUCUGCACAUCUACGCGCAAACAGCCGCUGUGACUCCUGAGGUCGCUCAUGAUGGAGACUCAUGGGAACUCGAACAAGAAACAGAAGCUGAGCAACACCAUCCAGAACUGGGGAAUGCAACGUGCGACCAAUGUCACCUACCAAGCUCACCACGUCAGCCGUAACAAGCGCGGGCAGGUUGUGGGCACGCGAGGAGGCUUCAGAGGAUGCACCGUCUGGCUCACAGGUCUGUCCGGAGCAGGGAAGACCACGGUGAGCAUGGCGCUGGAGGAGUACCUCGUUUGUCACGGUAUCCCCUGCUACACUCUGGACGGGGACAAUAUCCGCCAGGGGCUGAACAAAAAUCUGGGUUUCAGCCCGGAGGACCGCGAGGAGAACAUCAGGCGCAUUGCUGAGGUGGCGCGGCUUUUUGCAGACGCAGGUCUGGUCUGCCUCGCCAGCUUCAUUUCUCCCUACAGCAGGGAUCGCCUGAAUGCCAGGAAGAUCCAUGAAGCGGCAGGUUUACCGUUCUUUGAGGUCUUUGUGGACGCUCCGCUGGACGUCUGUGAGCAGAGGGAUGUGAAGGGGCUGUACAAGAAAGCCCGAGCCGGGGAGAUAAGAGGUUUCACCGGCAUCGACUCGGAGUACGAGAAGCCGGAAGCUCCGGAGCUGGUGCUGAAGACCGACUCGUGCAACGUGAACGACUGCAUUCAGCAGCUGGUGGACCUGCUUCAGGAGCGGGACAUCGUUCCUGUUGAUGCCUCCUAUGAAGUCAAAGAGCUGUAUGUGCAGGAGAAUAAACUGGACCUGGCCAAGGCGGACGCAGAGACUCUUCCUGCAGUUCAGAUCGGAAAGCUGGACAUGCAGUGGGUGCAGGUGCUGGCUGAGGGCUGGGCCACUCCUCUCAAUGGCUUUAUGAGAGAGAGGGAGUAUCUGCAGUGUCUUCACUUCGAUUGUCUGCUGGAUGGUGGCGUGAUCAACCUGUCGGUCCCCGUCGUGCUGCCGGUGUCGGCGGCGGAUAAGGAGCGUCUGGACGGCGUGACGGCCGUGGCGCUGGUCUACGAGGGCAGGCGGGUGGCCAUUCUUCGUAACCCGGAGUUUUACGAGCACAGAAAGGAGGAGCGCUGCGCCCGGCAGUGGGGCACCACCUGCAAAGAGCACCCGUACAUCAAGAUGGUGAUGGAGAGUGGUGACUGGCUGGUUGGUGGAGACCUGCAAGUCCUAGACAAGAUCUCCUGGAAUGACGGUCUGGACCAGUACCGACUGACACCCAACGAGCUCAAACAGAAGUUUAAAGAAAUGAACGCUGAUGCAGUGUUCGCCUUUCAGCUGCGUAACCCGGUCCAUAACGGCCACGCCCUCCUGAUGCAGGACACCCAGAAACGGCUCGUGGAGCGAGGCUACCGCCGGCCCGUCCUGCUGCUCCACCCGCUGGGAGGCUGGACCAAAGACGACGACGUCCCGCUGCCAUGGAGGAUGAAGCAGCACGCCGCCGUGCUGGAGGAGCGCGUGUUGGAUCCGGAUUCAACCAUUGUUGCCAUUUUUCCCUCUCCCAUGAUGUAUGCGGGACCAACUGAGGUGCAGUGGCAUUGUCGGGCACGUAUGGUGGCCGGGGCCAAUUUCUACAUCGUGGGUCGAGAUCCUGCAGGCAUGCCCCACCCUGCCACAGGCAAAGACCUGUACGAGCCGACUCACGGGGCCAAGGUCCUCACCAUGGCCCCGGGCCUCGUCUCCCUGGAGAUCGUCCCCUUUAAGGUCGCCGCGUACAACAAGGUCAAAAGAGCCAUGGACUUCUACGAGCCUAAGAACCAUCAGGAUUAUGAUUUCAUCUCGGGAACACGCAUGCGGAGGAUGGCUCGUGAGGGAGAGAACCCCCCCGACGGCUUCAUGGCCCAGAAAGCCUGGGCUGUUCUGAAGGAGUACUACCAGUCCCUGGAGAAGGCCUAAGAUGGAAGUGUCAGCUUUGACGAGGGGAACGGGAACUCCGUGUCUUCUGCUGCCUAAAAUGAGGAACGUGGGGACCACUCAGUUUUAUGAAAAAAAAAAAAAAAAAAAAAACCUCACGCCGGCUUUUUAUUCGUCUCACUUCCUGUCACGAACGUUGCUUUUAGUCCUGUUACAUUUCUUCUUAUCGUUGUGCUUUAUUUACGCCGCCACUCAUCAUGUCACUGUAGCAGAGGUCAACAUACUUUUUUUUUUUUUUUUUAUAUUAGUGUCUUGCUCACCUCUUUUCCAACUGUAUAUUUAGAUAAACGCACAUCAAAGUAGAUAACCUGUAAACCUGAAGAUCACGACGGCCUGAAAUGUCCUGCCUGGUCCGUACUGUUGAUCGGUACCUGAGUAUGUUGGUCGCAGACGCACCUGCUGGGCCUCCUAAACCAGUCGGGUUGUUUUUUUUUUACGGGAUGCGUCUGGGAGGCUGCAGCAGUCACACACUGUUGUUAUGCACUGGGUUCUCCUGGUAAAAAGUCCAGUGCCUUGGUCUCCACAAAGAUGAUUCACACCAUGUUGGCUUGAAGGCGAUACACACAGGCCUUCUGUCUGAUUGGUUGUAUUGUUACACUGAAAUGACGCUUGGAUAAAGAAAAGUGGAUAAAUGUUACUGUAACCUUCUUAAACUGUCAGAACAACCCAGUAUUUUCUUUUUAACCGUAUUUAUUAUGCCAACUCUUGAUUUCUUUUUCUUUUUUUUUCUUUUUUUUAACCCUGUUGUGCAUGUUGUCGUGUUUUAAGUUUCUCUUUCCUACCUCCAGUUGCUAAUAUGUUCCCCGUGGUAAAUCAUUUUUAAAAGUUUAUCAGUUGAAUCAGAUGGUUGGGAUCAGUUAGACCCUGUUCAAUAAACCAUUUUUUAGAGAAAA